AUGUCAGCCAACCCAUCCUUCAGCUCAGAUGAGCUUGAAAUAUCUAAAGGGACCAUUUUGGGAGAUCACCACGUGGUGGAGGCUUUCCUUGGAGAAGGAAGCUUUGGUGUCGUAACCAAAUGUCGCGAUACAAAAAACAACCAAACUCUGGCUAUUAAAGUCAACAAGAGCGACCCUGAAAUUCUGCAACAGGCAAAACAGGAAAUUUUCAUCCUGGAGCAACUGCAACGCUUGGAUCCAGACAGCUCGCAAAAUGCUCUGUUCCACCUGGGUUCUGUGGGAAUAGUGCAUGCUGACCUCAAACCUGUCAACAUAAUGGUUGUGAACCGCCAUGAGUCUCCCAUCAAAGUCAAACUUAUAGACUUUGGCAUCGCAUGUAACACUUCUGCAGUGAUUGCUGGUGGUGCUGUGGGGACAAUUGGUUAUUGUGCACCUGAGAUUAUGCUUGGCACACCAUAUGAUGAAGCAAUUGACAUGUGGGCUCUGGGGCUGGUAGCUGUGGAGCUUGCUACAGGGGUGCCUCUCUAUCCUGGGGAAGACGAUUAUGAUGUUUUGAAAUUCAUAAUUGAAACCCAGGGUCAGCUACCAGAUCAUCUUCUAGAGUCUGGCUUGUACACUGACUGCUAUUUCAUCGAGGAUAAGUACAACGAACAGCGCUGGACAUUUAAGACCCAAGAACAAUUUCAAGACGAGACAGAUUAUCAAUCCAAGGAAACUCGAUAUAUAAAACUUAAGCGUCUCGAUGACCUCGAACAACUACUGAAGGUUAGGCGAGGACCUGAAAAUGGCCAACCAUUAUUUGUAAGGCUAAUCAAACAGAUGUUGGCCUUGGAUGCAAAUCAGCGCAUAACACCUUCGGAGCUUCUGAAGCAUCCCUUUUUCGACCCUGGCCUCUCAGGGAAAGCCCCCUGCACUGACAUGAAUAGCACAGGGGGAGAAAACCUUGUGCUCUCUCAGCAGCCUUCAAGCUGGAAAAGUCAUGGAGCACAAAAAUUCAACUGCAGUUUCCAAAACUCAGUUGAAUUUCCUCAAAAAGGACAGGUCAACACCUCAGCCAACCCAUCUUCCUCUGAAGAUGAUCUUGAAAUAACAGAAGGGACCAUUUUGGGAGAUCACCACGUGGUGGAGGCUUUCCUUGGAGAAGGAGGCUUUGGUUUGGUAACCAGAUGUCGCGAUACAAAAAACAACCAAACUGUGGCUAUUAAAGUCAACAAGAGCGACCCUGGAAUUCUGCUACAGGCAAAACUGGAAAUUUUCGUCCUGGAGCAGCUACGACGCUUGGAUCCAGACAGGUGCAACAUUGUCGAAUGGAACGGCUAUUUCCUCGAUGGAGAGCGCAUUUGCUUAAAUUUUGAACUCCUGGACCAAAGCCUGUGGGACUACAUAAGGGACCGGAAUAACCAAGGUCUCCCAAUAAGAGAACUCAGGCCAAUUUUGCAUCAGCUCGCAAAUGCUCUGUUCCACCUGGGUUCUGUGGGAAUAGUGCAUGCUGACCUCAAACCUGGAAACAUCAUGGUUGUGAACCGCCAUGAGUCCCCUAUCAAAGUCAAACUUAUAGACUUUGGCCUCGCAUUUCCUGCUUCUGCACUGAUUCCUGGUUACCGUGUGGGGGACGGUUGGUUAUUGUGCACCUGA